AAAGCAUUAUUCUCUUUGCUCCGGGCUGCUGCUGCUGCUACGCUCCGACGAAAACCGGCUCUCCAAGAACUCGCUCGCUCCAAAGAAACUCCGCCGCCGUAAAAAUUCUUUCUGCCUGCUCCUCUGCUCUGUCCAACAAAUGGCAAUCCUUAGCCCUUUUAUUUGUGACCCCUGAAGCUGACCAAUAAUCCUCCUUUUACUACCCUCCUCAAUUUCAAUCCUUCCCACAAAAACUAAAAGGAAGAAGAAGGAAGCUAAGCCUUCCACACAAUUUACUUCCCUCCUCUCAUGGCGUCUUCUUCUUCUUCUUUCUCGUCUACUAACCCUCGCUCCCACCACCGCCCGAACUCCGCUCCCUCAUUUCUUCUUCCCCUCAGCUUCCUCACUUCCCUCCUCCUCAUUGCCUCACCACUCGCUUAUCUUCUCUCCCUCCACAAUUCUCUGCCACUCGUUCACGCCACGCACAAGGAGGACUACGGCUCCCAAAGCCCCACCGCCGCCGCCGGACGACGCACCGAUUCCUCCUCCGCCGACGGCGGAGUACUACCCCUGAAGCUUACAUUCACCGCCCCGGCCAAGUACUGGACCGACACCAUCCCCAUUGGCAACGGCCGCCUCGGCGCCGCUGUCUGGGGCGGCGUCGCUAACGAGACUCUUCAGCUUAACGAUGAUACGCUGUGGACCGGCGUUCCCGAAUCCUACUCCGACCCCAAUGCGCCGGCGGCUCUAUCGGUGGUCAGAAAACUCGUCAGUUCUGGUCUCUACCCUGAAGCUUCCGCCGAGGCGAUUAAAUUGUCAGGAACUCCCUCUCAGAGGUACCAGCUGCUUGGGGACAUAGUGCUUGAAUUUGACGCCGCCCAUCAGAAUUACGAUCCAAAGACGUACCUCAGAGAAUUGGAUUUGGACACUGCAAUGGCUACAGUGAAAUACUCAGUUGGGGAUGUGGAUUACACAAGGGAGCAUUUCGCUACGAACCCACAUCAAGCAAUCGUGACCAGAAUCUCUGGGAGCAAACCAGGGUCUCUGUCAUUCACUGUUCAUCUGCACAGCAAGCUGAAUCACACUACUGCGCUCAUCCAAGGUCGUCAAAAUCAGAUCGUUCUGAAAGGAAGUUGCAGGGGUCAUCCGAAAGGAAUUCAGUUCACUGCCACGCUGGACUUGAAGAUCGAAGGAGGGGAAAAAGCAGCGGUGAGGGUUUUGGACGGCGUGAAGAAGUUGAAGGUUGAUUUUGCGGAUUCGGCAGUUCUGAUUCUGGUGGCUUCGUCUUCAUUCGAUGGGCCUUUCACUAGCCCUGUCGAUUCCAAGAAGGACCCAGAUUCAGAUUGCCGGAAGGCGUUGAGCUCGCUUGCAAAUGUGGCGUAUUCGGAUCUACGAGCGAGGCAUUUGGAGGAUUAUCAGAGCCUUUUCCGCCGCGUUUCGUUGCAGCUCUCUCGAGGGACGAACUCAGGGAGCCGUGUUGUGUCAACUGCAGAGAGGGUGAAGUCGUUUCAGACGGAUGAAGAUCCGUCGCUGGUGGCUUUGAUGUUCCAGUACGGCCGUUACUUGCUGAUAUCUAGCUCCAGGCCUGGAACCCAGGUGGCGAAUUUGCAGGGGAUAUGGAACGAGGAUGUCAAUCCACCAUGGGAAGGAGCUCAACAUUUGAACAUCAAUCUGCAAAUGAACUACUGGUCAGCACUGUCGUGCAAUCUCCAGGAAUGCCAGGAGCCAUUGUUCGACUACAUGUCCUCCCUUGCAGUCAAUGGGAAGGAAACCGCUAAAGUGAACUAUGGGGUUAACAAUGGCUGGGUUGCACAUCAGGUCAGUGACAUAUGGGCUAAAACGUCUCCAGAUCAGGGAGAUGCCGUAUGGGCUAUGUGGCCAAUGGGUGGUGCUUGGCUCUGUACUCACUUGUGGGAGCAUUAUAGCUAUACAAUGGACAAAGAUUUCCUUGGGAAGAAGGGUUACCCUUUGCUUGAAGGAUGUACAGAGUUUCUGCUAGGCUGGUUGGUGGAGGGGCAGGGAGGGAAUCUGGAAACCAAUCCAUCAACUUCUCCUGAGCACAAAUUCAUCUAUCCAGAAGGCGGAAAGCAAGCCAGUGUGAGCAACUCAACAACUAUGGACAUGUCGAUCAUAACACAAGUCUUCUCAGAUAUUCUCUCCGCUGCUGAGGUUCUAGGGAGACAGGACGAUGAACUCAUUCAGAAAGUUCGUCGUGCUAGAGCCCGCCUUCCACCCACUAAAGUUGCCAAGGAUGGCACCGUCAUGGAAUGGGCUUUAGAGUUUGAAGACCCAGAUCCUCAGCACAGGCACGUUUCUCAUCUCUUUGGGUUGUUCCCUGGCCGCGCCAUUACUCCUCGACACACUCCUCAACUUUGCAGUGCUUCUGAAAAGACUCUUGUCAAGAGAGGUGUGGAGGGUCCGGGAUGGUCGACUGUGUGGAAAGCUGCAUUGUGGGCAAGGCUGCAAAAGAGCGCGAAGGCAUAUGAAAUGGUGAAGCAUUUGUCCAACCUGGUGGAUCCAGCCUAUGAACGAGACAACGAAGGAGGAGUUUUUAGCAACUUGUUUGCUGCUCACCCACCAUUCCAGAUUGAUGCCAACUUGGGCUUCUCGGCAGUGAUAGCAGAGAUGCUAGUUCAAGGCACAGGGACUGACCUGUACUUGCUCCCUGCUCUUCCACGGGACAAGUGGCCCAAUGGGUGUGCCAAAGGGUUAAGGGCGAGAGGAGGGUUGACGGUCAACCUGUGCUGGAAGCAAGGUCAGCUUCAUGAAGCUGGUGUUUGGUCAACGGUAGGCGAUUCUGUACAAGUAUUGCACUAUGGAGAAAAGAUGGCGAAGGCGAGUAUUGCGUCGUGUAAUGUGUACAUAUUCAACAGUGAUUUGACGUGUGUAAGAACUGAAUCCCUUUUGGGAGAAGGUGGUUCUUGUUUGAAGAGAUCGAAAUGGUAGAUAAUAUAUGGAGGGAUUGGAUAUUGGGCUAACUUUAUAGGAGUUUGUAUCGUACUUAAUAAGGAGUUUGAAACGAUUCGGUCAUGUUCGGACCAGGCUAAAUUUAUGAGAACUGUUUUAGGAUUAAGAACUGGACCAACAUUGCAUUCGAUCCCUUUGAUUCGGUCCUAUUGUCACUUUGGUCCAUUUUUCUUCCGUAAUUAUAAAAUUCGUCGAACCAAGGAUUGUACCAUAUUAUAUUGAUUUCAGUAUGGUCCAGUCUAAGUGUCGGUGUAAUCCGGUGCGGCCAGUUGCGGCCUGGUCUAGAUCAUCUGGUUUUCUCAUAGUUGUUGUCUGGCACCGGUGGGUGAAGAAUAGGUGAUUGAACAUUAUUCACGCUUGACCUUGGAGUAAGAUCCCAUUAUUCUAGGCCUUGGUGGAUCUUGAAGUUGACGUUGUUGAUCCGCCAUUGGAGGAUAUUGAUGUCUCGCAACUCUUCUUAGAUUCCGAAGGGUUCUCUCUAAUUUUGUAUCAAGAGGUACUAUCUCCAAAGAGUUCUUCCUUCGCAUACAAGAGUGCUACAAGACAAAAACUCAACAACCUGUUACGUACAAAGUUGGAUAACAAAACACAAAACGCUAAAAACUACAAAAAUACAACAAAGAAAAUAAAGGCUAAACUAACAACUUGAUGAUUUCUACUAGUUACCGAGGUUCCGCGUAAACGGCGCCAAAAAGCUUGAUCGAUUCAUUCCGUGCAAAUCAUUGUUAGUAGUUUGCACGUCUCAAUAACUACCCCAUCCUAGGCCAAGUUUAAUCUAAAAUAGCAUUGUCAUAUAGUGGCAAUCAAGGUCGUAUUCACUCGGGUCCUGGUACCGUAGUCUACUUCCCACAUUGUUGUUAACUAGUCGGUCGGUUUAAGGGGGGUUUGUGUUGGAGGAUUCAAAUGAAAUACUAACAGCUUGUUUGGAUACAAUUCAGAAAGAAAUGGAAAUAGAAUUCUACUUCCUUUUUUAUAGAAUUCUAUUUCCAAUUUUAGUGUUUGAUAUAAUUUCUACAACUAUAGAAAUGAAUUGCACUUUUAACAAUAAUUAAUAAUGUAAUAUAUUUGUUUUAACUUGAAAAUGGAAUAUGAAUGAUAGAGAAAGAGAGUAGGGUGAUAGUUGGUUAAUAAAAUAAUAAUAAAUAAUGAUGAGACCCACUAAUUUCAUCUUCAUAAACCCAAUUCUUAUCACUUUUGAUAGGAAUUGUAAUUCCCAAAACUUAGCCCAAAUGGAAUUCAUUUCUCAACCUUCUUAUCCUUCCAAACAUAAAAUAUGGAUCUGGAAUUGAAAAUGAAAUUAUAAUUCCUGAGUUUUUUUGUCUAUCCAAACAGGUUGUAAUAAAGAGAAUAAACGAGGAUAAAAGCAUGUACUUCGGGGAACUAUCCCUCACCCUAGCCUAGGUCUAUCAUGCAAUGUCUAAAUAAGUUGGGUUAAGUGCAUGUGGUGAGUGAGCUCUUUUCCGUGGGCCUUUGUGAUUCUUCUCCUUCAAGUCGUGAUCAUCAGCUUCCUGCUCACUUUGCUAAACUUGUGGUCCUUUUCAUACCUAAUUCGCAUAUAUUGUCUAAAGCACCAUAAAAUCACAUCAUAAUCAAAUAUGAACGAAAUAAGGAUGUAAUCGACGAUAUUCUGAUGAUUAUACACAUGAAUUAGCACGAGACAAACCUAAAUAUGAAGGACAAAUAACACCAAUUUGGGUGUUAUCAACUUCCAACCUCUUAAUUUCAUUGAUCAUCCAUACGAAUUGAGGUAUAUGAGUUAAACGAACUACUCUGGCGAUGGCAGAGAUAUAAAAUUGCUCUUGAUCAAACAAUAAGGGUCUAAUGCUCUAGUAAAUAGAGAGCUUGCUACAUAAGAAAAUCACAAAAAAAUGAUGCUCUGUAGAAAAUCUAACAAGAAUAGAAAGAAAGUGAUGGUAUGUGUUCUAAUAAGGUAUGUCAAAUGAU